GGCCGCGGCCGGGCGCGCAGAGCGGGCCGGGAGGAGCACUGGGCCUGCGUCUCGGCUGCCGCCAUGGCCACCGUGGACCUGGAGAAGCUGCGGGCGUCCGGGGCCGGCAAGGCCAUCGCCGUGCUGACCAGCGGCGGCGACGCGCAAGGUAUGAACGCCGCGGUCAGGGCUGUGACGCGCAUGGGCAUUUACGUGGGAGCCAAAGUCUUCCUCAUCUAUGAGGGCUAUGAGGGCCUCGUGGAAGGAGGUGAGAAUAUCAAGCCAGCCAACUGGCUCAGCGUCUCCAACAUCAUCCAGCUGGGAGGCACCAUCAUUGGCAGUGCCCGCUGCAAGGCCUUCACCACCAGGGAGGGGCGCCGGGCGGCGGCCUACAACCUUCUGCAGCAUGGCAUCACCAACCUGUGCGUCAUCGGCGGGGAUGGCAGCCUCACGGGCGCCAACGUCUUCCGCAGCGAGUGGGGCAGCCUGCUGGAGGAGCUGGUGAAGGAGGGGAAGAUCACAGAGACCACAGCCCAGACCUACUCCCACCUGAACAUUGCGGGACUCGUCGGCUCCAUCGACAACGACUUCUGUGGCACGGACAUGACGAUCGGCACCGACUCGGCCCUGCACCGCAUCAUGGAGGUCAUCGAUGCCAUCACCACCACUGCCCAGAGCCACCAGCGGACCUUCGUGCUGGAGGUGAUGGGGCGACACUGUGGGUACCUGGCGCUGGUGUCCGCCCUGGCCUCCGGGGCCGACUGGCUGUUCAUUCCGGAGGCGCCCCCCGAGGACGGCUGGGAGAACUUCAUGUGUGAGAGGCUGGGGGAGACUCGAAGCCGGGGGUCCCGGCUAAACAUCAUCAUCAUCGCAGAGGGUGCCAUCGACCGCAACGGGAAGCCCAUCUCGUCCAGCUACGUGAAGGACCUUGUGGUUCAGAGACUGGGCUUCGACACACGGGUGACCGUGCUGGGGCAUGUGCAGCGCGGAGGGACCCCCUCAGCCUUCGACCGCAUCCUGAGCAGCAAGAUGGGCAUGGAGGCCGUGAUGGCACUGCUGGAGGCCACGCCUGACACGCCAGCCUGCGUGGUCAGCCUCUCGGGGAACCAGUCGGUGCGGCUGCCCCUCAUGGAGUGCGUGCAGGUGACCAAGGAGGUGCAGAAGGCCAUGGACGACAAGAGGUUUGACGAGGCCAUCCAGCUCCGUGGCAGGAGCUUCGAGAACAACUGGAACAUUUACAAGCUGCUGGCCCAUCAGAAGAUCUCCAAGGAGAAGACCAGUUUCUCGCUGGCCAUCCUGAACGUGGGCGCCCCUGCGGCCGGCAUGAAUGCGGCCGUGCGCUCGGCAGUGAGGACCGGCAUCUCCCAGGGCCACACGGUGUACGUUGUGCACGAUGGCUUUGAAGGCCUAGCCAAGGGUCAGGUGCAGGAGGUGGGCUGGCACGACGUGGCGGGCUGGCUGGGGCGUGGCGGCUCCGUGCUGGGGACCAAGAGGACGCUGCCUAGAGCCCACCUAGAGUCCAUCGUGGAGAACCUGCGCACCUACAACAUCCACGCCCUGCUUGUCAUCGGCGGGUUCGAGGCCUACGAGGGUGUGCUGCAGCUGGUGGAAGCUAGAGAGCGCUACGAGGAGCUCUGCAUCGUCAUGUGCGUCAUCCCGGCCACCAUCAGCAACAACGUGCCCGGCACCGACUUCAGCCUGGGCUCGGACACGGCCGUCAACGCCGCCAUGGAGAGCUGUGACCGUAUCAAGCAGUCGGCCUCUGGGACCAAGCGCCGCGUGUUCAUCGUGGAGACCAUGGGCGGCUACUGUGGGUACCUGGCCACGGUGACCGGCAUCGCCGUGGGGGCUGACGCCGCCUAUGUCUUUGAGGACCCUUUCAACAUCCACGACUUGAAGGCCAACGUGGAGCACAUGACGGAGAAAAUGAAGACGGACAUCCAGAGGGGCCUGGUGCUGCGAAACGAGAAAUGCCACGAGCACUACACCACGGAGUUCCUCUACCACCUGUACUCCUCCGAAGGCAGGGGCGUGUUUGACUGCCGGACCAAUGUGCUGGGCCACCUCCAGCAGGGUGGAGCUCCAACACCCUUUGACCGGAACUACGGGACCAAGCUAGGGGUGAAGGCCAUGCUCUGGAUGUCGGAGAAGCUGCGGGCCGUCUACCGCAAGGGGCGGGUGUUCGCCAACGCACCGGACUCGGCCUGCGUGAUCGGCCUUCGGAAGAAGGCGGUGGCCUUCAGCCCUGUCACUGAGCUCAAGAAGGACACAGAUUUUGACCACCGCAUGCCCCGGGAGCAGUGGUGGCUGAACCUGCGGCUGAUGCUGAAGAUGCUGGCGCACUACCGCAUCAGCAUGGCAGACUACGUGUCCGGCGAGCUGGAACACGUCACCCGCCGCACCCUGAGCAUCGACAAGGGCUUCUGAGCCCGCUGGACCCCAGCGCCAGGAGCCUGGCUCCGGCCCUCCAUCCCCGCUGCCGGCCAGGUCUCCAGGACAGAGCACCCGGGCCCGGCCGCCUGGCCCUGUGGGGCACGCGUGCACCGUCACCCUCACCGACCCGGUGCCCGUGCCUGAGUCUCCGUGCUCCUGUGGACCCCACUGACCGGGUCCUGUCCACCCACCUCUCUGGCCGAGCAGCUCCUCACCUUUUCUAGAAAUAAAGUCACCCUGACCGAG